GCAGGAGGCGGAGUAUCCACACUGGUCUGUAAUAACACGUUUAUGCUGGCAGGAAAAACACUUCAGUAACCCCUUUGGCAAACGGAUCAUUUCAACACAUUUGUAGGUUUAAAACAUUUGGAGGAUAUUCCAGUAAAGCCAUGGUUUACGUGACUGUAGGUUUGUUGGUGUUUUUCUCUCUUCACAGCUCAGCACUCACCUCCCAAAAUGGCUCAGUGCUCCUCCCAAGGACUUUCUCUGGUCACUUCGUAAUGGUCACUGAUGAGCCUGUAGACUAUCUUGACCUGUCUGUGUUAGACAGUUUACCGGAUGACGGCGGAUCUGGCUCGGGGUCAGAGCAGGAGCACGUAAAAAAGCAUGGCUCCCACGGCCCACACCACCAUCCUCAGAAGCGUUAUUUUGUCUCAGAGGAAGCUAAAAGUUUUCUCCAGGGUCGCCUGGCAACAAGCUUCGUCCCAUCCAUUUACACCCUGGUCUUCAUCAUCAGCGUGCCGCUCAACCUUGUUGCCAUGGUGAUGUUUGUGCAUCACAUCAGACCCAGAAAACCAGCGGUGAUCUACAUGCUGAACCUGGCCUGUGCUGACCUGCUGUUCGGCCUGCUCCUUCCAUUCAAAAUCGCCUACCAUUACCAUGGCAAUAAUUGGAUCUAUGGUUCCUUCAUGUGCAGAGUUGUCACGGCAGCUUUCUACUGCAACAUGUAUUGUUCUGUCCUACUCAUCACAUGUAUCAGCAUUGACCGUUUUCUGGCUGUCGUUUACCCGAUAAACUCCCUGAUGUGGCGCAGCCCUCAGACUGCUUCAGCUGUGUGUGCUGCCAUGUGGCUGUUAGCCCUUGGAGGAGUAUCCCCUCUCCUGAUCUCUGGGCAAACCAUGUAUUUGUCAGACCUGGGCAUCACCACCUGCCAUGAUGUGCAGGAUGUGGAAGACCUACAAACGUACUAUCUUUACUUCUUCCCCAUCUACUCCUCUGUCUUCUUCUUCAUCCCUCUAAUCUUCACUGUUGUCUGUUACGUACGUAUUAUUCAAGCUCUGGCUGCAGCCAAUGUGGAGAACCGCUCCAGGAAGACUCGAGCAGUAGUGAUGGCCGUGGUUGUACUGGUGGUGUUUGUGAUCUGCUUUACCCCCACCAACGUCAUUCUCAUGGUUCACUAUGUUCAGCUGUCCCACAAGUCCAGUGACAGUUCCUACCAGGCGUACCUGCUCUCCAUGUGUGUAGGCAGUCUCAGCUGCUGUCUGGAUCCAGUCCUCUAUUACUUUGGCUCCUCUCAGUGCCAGAAGCAGGUGGCAGCACUGCUCAGAUGUAGGCGACUGACACAAGCAGAGAGCAGCUCAGGAACGCAAAGUACAAGAACCAGCGGGUGGACAGACAGCAACAAGCCAUGCAAAAUGGAGAGUGUUCAAACUCAUUACAGCAGGGAAAUCACCAGACAAUGCGAGUCAACUUCUGAAAGAGCUGCCCAGCAGAAGUUUCUCACAGCCUUGUAAAACUAUUGCUCGCCAUCCUUCAAGGGGCCCGCUGACAAGUAAACAACAUGAAAAGAAUAGUGCUGAGGUAGAACAAGAAUCCACAGUCCAUAGCUCUGCUUAGUACCUCCGUCUUUAACUACAUAUGCAGCAUGUGUUGGGAAAUGUUUUGCAUAAAUCACUGCACUUUUAAAUUUUGUCUUGUACUGUAUUAUAUGUCGGACCCCAGGAAGAAUAGCUGCAGUUCUGAUCCAAAUAAAACAAUAAAAC